GUCCAUUCCCGUUGUAAAUACUCCAGAUUGUCAUACGGGGGAUUAUCUCUCUGAAAACAUAACAAAGCCUUGACUUUUUGAGGACAUAGACCUCGGGAAAACUCCGUGAUACGGAAGAAAAAUCUCAGAUAUCCUCAUGAAUAUGUUUGACCUGAAGUGUGAUAGCUCGUCGGAUGAGGAGGGAGAAGAAAUGGAUGGAGGAGAUCCUACUAUAGCAGCGCAAAUAUCCAGGUGUGCAAACAUCUCAUCGGCAGAUUUAGACGAGCUGGAGAACAGCCGAAACGAGUCGAGUACUGUCAAACAAACCGUGUGGGCGGUGAACUGUUUUAAAGCGUGGAUACGUGAGAAACAGAUCAACAUCGACUUUAAAACCAUCGAAAAACCAGACCUGGCUCAAGUGCUGCGGGAAUUUUACGGAUCCAUUCGGACAAGUAAAGGAGAACUGUACGGCAUCAGCAGCUAUGUCGUGCUCCGGGCUGCAUUGAAUCGUUUUUUCAAUGACCCUCCUCUUCACCGUGGCUGGAAUUUGAUGCAGGACCCUGAAUUCAGACCCGCCAACAAUGUUUUCAAAGGCAUCGUUAAACACAUCCGACGAUCGGGUCAAGAUGUAAAAAUACACUACCCCACGAUCUCACCCGAAGACCUUGACAUAUUAAAACACUCUUCUGCACUAGACCCUGGUAACCCCAGAGCUUUAUUAAAUAAGGUCUGGUUUGACAUCCAGUUACAUUUUGGACUCAGGGGAAAAGAGGGCAAUCGACACCUGCGGCCAGACUCGUUAAAACUUAAACGUGACCAAAAUGGUUUAAAAUAUUUCACUAUGGUAUUACAGGAGGUCUUUCGUGAAUCAAAGAACCCAAUAAAACGGGACAAGGACAAGAAGGGGGUCGCUAUGUAUGAAGAGCCAGGCAACCCACUCUGUCCCGUCGCCUCUUUGGAGAAAUAUUUGAGCAAAAUCCCACAGGAUGCAAAAGCGCUCUACCUGCAGCCCAAAAGAACGCAUGUGUUCAACGAUGAGUUCUGGUAUACAGCUCUUCCUUUAGGAGUCAAUAAUCUGUCUCAAAUGCUGCCCAGAAUAUGCAAAGAGGCCGGGACGCUGACCACAUACACUAACCACAGUCUGAGACUCACUGCGCUUCAAAAACUCACUGAAUCCAGACAGAUCAUGACUGUGUGUGUGCACAGUGGCCAUAUUGAGACGAACCCUCAGUUGCAGCAGGAAUCUGCUCCAUUUUCAGCCAGCAGUGAGAUUGACUCCAGCUCUGUGACACAAGAGAGUCUCGUGAGCAGCCAUGGCUGGUUAAAACAAGAACCAGAAAAUGAAAUAAUCGAGUGGGAAAAUAUGAACUCAGAGGCUCCUGUUGAUGCUGAGCAGGACAACACAAGCAAUGCCAUCUCCACAGCAACGACCCCGAUGGAGGGUUUACCCCCCAGUGUGAUUCUGAGCAUCACCAAACUUCAGUGUCUUGUGGAGAGCAAACAGCAGAAGAUUGAAGCACUGGAGAAACAAGUGCAGGACCUACAGGAGGAUCGCAAGUUCCUCCGCACACAGAUCGAGAACCUCACCAGCGCUCGUGUGGUUCAAGUACCAGAAGCAAGCACUUCAGUGUUUUCGCGGCCCAGGUCACAUAAGAGACGGCAGAAAAUCUCGUCUAACCCAUGUGACAGUGAUGAGAGCUUUACCGAUGGGUCUGAUACAAGUGAUUCUGAGGAGUUGAGCAACAUUAAGAAAAAAAGACACAACAAGAAGAAACUGAAGAGAGGUUAUGUGCAGUAUGAGUAAGUACUUUCAGCCUCCAACAGUUUCCAGGCCAAACUUUUAACGAGUGAACACCCUUGUGCCCAGUGCUCAGGAGUAGGCAAUACCACAAAGAAUCUUAGUUGGGACAACAUUGCACCACAAACAGCAUUAUGCAGAACACCAUCUUCAACUGCCCUCAUCACAGAAUUUGCAUCUAACCGCCGAAUAGAGAGAGUGUUCCUCUGGUGAGUCUGUGAGGAAAUGUUGGUCUGCUGUAUGUCUAGCUGUAUGCCAUCACAAAUGACACAGAUGAUUGAUAUUUGCCUUCAACUGCUGAAAAAGAAAGAACAUGUCCAUGUGUGGACAUUAGUGGGUGCUCAGAUACCAUUUCUGACUGAAAAUGAUGGUGGGCAGGGCUGUUCUGCGGAUGUUAGGCCAUGAAGUAUAGCAAGAAAUAUGUGUUAUGAAACAUGCUUGUUGUUAUAGAUAUGAUAAUGUUUUUAGUUACACUUUACUUCUAUAGACAUAUGUAGAGAGCAUUGACUGAUUAAUCAUUUGUCAAAUGUGCCGUCAUUUUGGACAGAGCAAAACUGACCUAUAAACACAAACAAGUGAAGAGGUGGCUGUAGUUUUUUGGAUAGAAAGAACAAUGUUUGUAUUUCUCAACCAAUUUUAAUGGUUUAUGGGUACAUAUGAUAUCCAUAUUUUUUUUAUCAGAAACUGUAUCUUUUUAAAAGGCAUUCUGGUCAAACAUCAGUUAAGAAAUGUUAACUUUCACUUGUUUUCUGAGUGGUUUUGGCUUGUCCAUUAUGGUGGUGGUCUUAACAUAAAAAAGCUCUUAAUGGCAUUUAUAUGGAUGUCCAUGUUUACUCCCCUGUGUGUUAGAAAAUAAUCUACUGUACAUAGUUUUUAUCAAAAAAAGUAAAAAGUAUACAGAUUGGUCUUUAUACUAGCUGUGUAACAAAAUACUGAUAAAGCAAAUCUUGGGUAUAUGCUGAGAUUGCUUGGACAUCAUUUUUAUUAUCAUUUUUAAUCACUACCAAGGAUGCAUUGAAUGAUAUUACAUGUUUUGUUAGAUACAGAUAUUUUUGUGAUAUGUCUUAGAGUUCAUGUUCAGUUCAACUUAACUGCAAAAUUAACAGUUUUAUUGGUGAAAUAAUCAAUAGUCUUUCCAGAAAUGUAACUGAAUAUACGUAUUGUUUUGGUAUGUAUAGGUGUUUUUUAUUUUCACAUUUACUGUUAGUGUGUGCUGUUCUUUCCUUAUGAUUUUGUAUUGUCCUGGACAUUUUUUAGCUCAGUGGCUAUUUGUCUGAUGUUACUCUCUGUUAGGAUCAUACACCUUUUAAUGUCCAAUAAACUACAGUAUUGUAAUGUAUUUCCCAACUGAAGUACAGAAUAAAUGAAAAAAUAGGA